CUGGCUGUGACCCCAUGGACAGAGCAGACCGCCGCUGGGCUCAAGUUAUCACCCAAGGGUGCCUCGUUAUUUAGGUGCAAACAACCGUGUGAAACGAACCCGGUGACAACAGAGGAGGGAAAUGGGGCGCGAUGGCGACGGCGCUGCAGGGAGACCGCAGUGUGGACAAAGGAUGAUUUUCACAGGUCCGAAUGGAGUUGGAGACUACAGGCCGAGAUCAGGAUACUUCCCCUUGUACAUCGGCGUAGGUGACGUAUCACCUGAGGCCACGGGUGACCUCGCCUACUUAUGGCGAGCUGCACCCAAUGCCCCGCCCCCUAAACCCAAGCAAGGCUAUGUGGGUGAGAUUGGCUGGGGCUGGAAACACAGCCAGCUGCUGAACCGUGGGACGCUGCACAGCAACGUGCAAAUUAAGAAAACCGAGUUCCGGGCGACGCUGGAGGACAGAGUGACUCAGAGGUUCCAGGACCAAGAAUAGGACAGAAUUUGUAAACCUCACUUGUGUUGUGUUGAACGUCUUCUGUUUCCAUUGCUCAGAGUCAUAUUACUUGUGUGUGUGUGUGUGUGUGUUGUGUCAAAUAGAUAGGUGACAACGUCUCGCACAGGCUUGCACAGUGUUGAGUGGGUUAUCUGAUUGCCCAUUCAUAAUGCAACAUGUUUGCAGAGACUAACACUGCCUCAAGCUACAAACUAGAAAUCUGCCAAACACACACACACAUACACACACACACACAGAUGUUGGCGUAGCUAUUCUUCUAAGGACACAAAUAUGACUUCCAUUCAUCUGACUGGACAGCUUAAACAAACUGUUAUCCCUAACCUUAACCAGAACUAGUUAAAAACACCUAACCCUAAACUUUUUUACCUAACUACACUUCAAAUCUUAGCAGAUUUUGCCUCAUUAGGACCAAGUUUUUGUCUCCACAAGGACGACCGGUC